AUGGCUAUUCUUGGUAUGAUCAAGAAGUCUUCCACAACUAGAGAUGUUCCCAAGGGCCACUUUGCUGUGUAUGUCGGGGAGACGCGGAAAAAGAGAUUUGUGAUCCCCAUAUCAUUAUUGAGUGAACCUUUAUUUCAAGACUUGCUUAGUCAAGCUGAAGAAGAAUUUGGCUUCGACCAUCCAAUGGGCGGUGUGACAAUUCCCUGCAGUGAGGAUUUGUUCAUUGAUCUCACAUCUCGUUUGAAGAAGAUCUCCACUGUGUACAGUUCAGAGUUAGAAGAUACACUAGGUGGACUAAGGACACAUUUUUCUACUUCAAAACAAAUUGAAACCAUGGCUAUCCGCGUUCCUCGUAUAAUCAAGAAGUCAUCUACAUCCUUGGAUGUUCCCAAGGGCCAUUUUGCUGUUUAUGUUGGGGAGAAGCAGAGGAAGAGAUUUGUGAUACCCAUAUCAUACUUGAGUCAGCCUUUAUUUCAAGACUUGCUAAGUCAAGCAGAAGAGGAAUUCGGCUUCGAUCAUUCAAUGGGUGGUGUCACAAUUCCCUACCCAGAAGACAUCUUCAUUGGCAUCACUUCUCAGUUUAGGAUUUAA